AUGCCAACGAAUACUUCAAUCCUUCUGUUGAGUUUAUUUGGCAUAAUUGUCGGAGUUUUUUUCCCCGUAAAUUUCUACUUGUCACUUUCAAACACUGAAGUCACUUUAGAAGAGAAAUUGGGGAAAUUAUACAUCUCGUUUGGUUGUGUCGUUGGAUUAUUACUCUUUGUCGCGAUGUUUCUUUCUUCCUUCUGUUUUUCUCGGAGCCCCAAAAUCUGUGGGAUCAUUGGUUCCGUCUUAGUCUUAAUAUUUGGUCUUAUUGGUGCCGUCUUUGGGUAUACCUUAUAUUCAAUGAAUGAGUUUGAAGAUGGCUCCGAAGCGCUCCACAAAGUUGAAAUGAAGUCGAAUUGCUGUGGGUGGAAAGCGUUUAACCCCUCAGCAUGUGCAGCUCCAAACAUCACACAGACAACUACAACGUGUUACAACACAAUAGGAAAAGCGUUUGAUACUGCAUUCCAAGAGAUCUUCUUCUUCUACGUCUUCUUUACACUCUUUGUUUUCUUCUUAUGUGUUGUCAUCUGUAAAGCAAACGUCGACACAACAGAACCUAAAGAGAAAACAAGUUAA